AUGUCGCCCCUCUCGAAGGGAGAUUCGCCCUCAUCGACUGCCACCCCACCCUUGUCCUCAUCUAGCUCGGCAUCAGGAUCUCGCACUCCGAAAGCAAGCACUCCCUUCAAUCAAUCGGCCGCAUCCUACUUCUCAUACCCUGUCACACACGUCGUCUCAGGACUCUACCGCCGCUUAACAGAUCCCAACAUCGCCAAAGCAUCACGCAAGGACAGCAACGGCCCCAAGGGGAACAUGAACGCCAGCAACAAACACAGCCCGUCCACAACUUCCCCAGAUAUCUUCGUCCCUAUCCGCACCGCAUCACCCUUCCAACCACCACCCCUCACGCCACUAACCCUCACCCCCGGCCCUGGUAUCCCCCAACAACAACUCCUCACCCGCGCCCUGGCCGAAGAAAUCCGCCUGCUGGUCCCAGCCCGCCUCCAGCUCGUCGACACCUGGCGCCUAGCCUACAGCCUCGACCGUGACGGCGCGUCCCUCACAACCCUCUACGAGCACUGCCGCGAGUUCUCGCACCGCAGCCCGCGGGCGGGCUACGUACUCAUCGUCCGCGACUCCUCCCCCGCCGGUGCCGUCUUCGGCGCCUACAUGACCGAUCCCCCACACCCAGGCUCGCACUACUUUGGCACGGGCGAGUGUUUCCUCUGGCGCGCGAGCGUCCUGCCCUCGCCGACGAACCUGCUGAAUAUCCACGGCCCCCAGUCCGAGGAAAUGCUAGAGCGCGCGGGCCUGCCGUUGCCCCCCAGUGCGGAUACAACGCAUGCGGGCCGCUCGACAACACUACGUGGUGACUCAAGAGGUCACGGCGAUGGCCGUCUCGCGGCGCCGCAGGCCAAUGGCGGGACUGGGGCUGGGGCGGCGAGUGGUGCCAGCACGCCUGAGAGGAUCCGUUUCAAGGCCUUCCCCUAUAGCGGCGUGAAUGAUUACAUGAUGUUCUGCGAGACUGGCUUCCUUAGCUUAGGUGGCGGAGACGGCCAUUACGGGCUAUGGGUAGACUCGAGCUUGGAAAAAGGCGUCAGUGCUUCGUGUCAAACGUUCGGGAACGAGCCUUUGUCCGACGAAGGGGUCAAGUUUGACGUCCUCGGUGUGGAGGUGUGGUAUGUCGGGGCGUGA